AUAAAAAACCCUCGCCCCGACUUCUCUCUCCCCUCUCUCUCUAGUCGUUUUUUUUUUUCAUUUUCUUUCUAGAAGCCAGUAAUUUUACUCUCUGAUUUUCCCGCUCGCUCAAUCAUGAUCGCCCGCCAUUUCCAUUCCUCCUUCCUCGCCGGCGAUUAGCCGGUACCGAGUCUAGGUUAACUUUCCGUUUAUGGCAUCGGCAGUUCUAGCCAGCAAAAAUGGCCCGCAUUGGGGAGACAGUGAGACGUACAUGAGGACAUACACCUCCGUUACCGCCGCCACCAACGCAAAUAAGAGCCGCAACGGCGUCAGUCACAGCCAUGACGAUUUCUUCCCCGGCCGUGACCCGAACCCGAGUCCCGUUCCACCUCCAAGGUUCUUACAAAGUUCAAUCCAGAUCCGUAAUCCGUCUGGCGAUCACCGCGUCGGCAGAAUGCUACUGCCGAAUCCGGAUGCUGGCUCGCCGAAGUGGAGGGUGGCUCCCGGCGACGGCGAAGUGAAGGAGUCCUACCACGGCGGUUACGUGACGUUCAAUCUCGAUGCGCACUCAGGGCAAGAAUUGAAAGAAUUGAAGAGGCGCCUUCAAUUGGAGCUCGAACAGGUCCGCGCCGUGAGAACGAGGUUAGACCGACUGAACUCUGAACCUCGACCAGUUUACCCUAGUUUCCAGCUCUCCACUGCACAUCCACCGCCAUUGCCCGAGCCCCAAUUCACCAACCGGGUUGCAAGCGGGACGAAGGCCGGCCAACAGAAUCGCGACUCGAAGGGGCAAAAAUCCAAGAAGAAUUUCCCAAUUCUUGUUCCGGGUCAGGGCUCGAAACCUAGCUCCCCGUCGCCCCGUGAGUUGGAACCCAAACGGCAGCCCAGGACUAGUCCGCUACGGGACAAGGUACUGAUGAGCAUGAUGAGAAGGUGCCGGCAAAUACUGGGUAAGGUGAUGAAGCACAGAUCUGCUGUGUGGUUCAACGAGCCGGUCGAUGUGGUGGGAAUGCGGUUGUACGAUUAUAACCAGGUAAUCAAGAGGCCAAUGGAUCUGGGUACCGUGAAAUCCAAUCUCGACGAUGGAUUUUACAAGUCUCCCGUUGAUUUCGCAGGCGAUGUGAGGCUUACUUUUGCAAACGCGAUGACAUACAACCCUAUUGGGCACGAAGUGCACGGAUUCGCGAAGCAGCUGCUCAAGUUUUUCGACGAUAUGUUUGAGCCUGCAAAUAAGAAGUUCGAUGCUGAGCAGCGUAAGAUUUCACGGCAGAGUCAGGAUGUGGGUAAAUUUCAGCCUGCAUUACUGGAGAGAGCGGCGGUGUCUCAUCAGUCAGUUAUCGAUGCCAUGGAAACAGAUGUUGAAGAGGUUGCGGCGGCCGUUACAGAGGAGCAGCAGGACUUGCAGGUCGGCAAGGCUGCCACGGUGGAGCAGCAGCAUUUGAGAGUUGGGAAGCCGCCGAAGCCAAAAGCCCGGGAUCCAAUCAAGAGACGAAUGACUGUAGAAGAAAGGGACAAGUUAGGGAAGGAUUUACAAGGGCUGCCGCCUGAUAAGAUGGAUCAGGUAGUGCAGAUUCUGAGGAAGCGGAAUGGGGGAUUGGAACAAGAGGACGAUGAAAUUGUGAUUGAUUUCGAUGCCAUGGAUGUGGAGACGCUGUGGGAACUGGAUAGACUGGUGACCAAGUACAGGAAACUCUUUAACAAGAUGAAGAGGCAGGAGCAGUUGCAGCUGCAGAACCAACUUGAAGAAAACAAAUUCAUCACCCAGGGUCCGGAAAUGAGUCCUGAAACGGGGAGGAACAUGAUUGUGGAGGAAGAAGUGGACAUUGGAGAGGAGAGUCCAGUUGGGAAUUAUCCGCCGGUGGAGAUAGAGAAGGAUUUGAUUGGAUGUGGGAGUGACAAGUCAAGCAGCUCUGGUGAUUCAAGGAGUAGCAGCCGCAACGGUUCUUCCUCAUCAAGUGAAUCAGGAUCUGAGAGCUCAUCUGGGAGCGAGUCUGAUGAAGACAGCGUGCAGUCACCUUAUGCCAAAGCAAACUCUGCUGGAGGUGAGCAGAGAGCAGCAGGACUUUAUUAAGGCUGCCUGCUGCUGCAAUUUCUGGUUUUGGCAGGAGUAGGGUUUUGGUUGCAAGAAAGUAGGCGACUUGGCCGUGGGCGAGGGUUCUGAAAUUGUAAAGAGGGUGUGUUGACUUACUGAAAUUGGGAAGUAGUACGUAGCAGUAGCUGGGUUUUGUAGUUAGUGAGGGAGAGGGCAGUUUUGCCAAGUAAAGCUGAAGAAGAGUUGGUUAGGGUUUUUAGGAGCUAACAAGGAGGGAGUGAGUAGCCGAGUUAGGGUCUUUUGUGCAGCUGCUAAUUGCUAGAGCAGGCAGGCAGGCAGUAAAAAUGUAGUUAGUCUCUAGUUGGAACUAUGUUGCUUUGCUUCAAAUUUUUCUGAUGGGUAAAAAAAGGAAGAGGAAAAGAAGGAAAGCAGAGUUGUAGGCACAUGUUUUUUCAGAGUGGUGGUAAAAAAAAAAAAAAAAAGGAGAAACAAACAAGAGAUGAUGUACAGGUACAGCUAUCAUAGAGAUGAAUGAAAGAAAGAAGUGCAGUAAAGAAAAACAGGGGGAACAGGCGCUUAAAAGUUUUAACCUAAAAAAUUUGUGCAUUAUGUGUCCGUUUCCUACUUGCC